AGAGACAGAGCAGAUGCAGUAGGACACGGUCUAUCCAGACCACAUCCGUCCGUUCUCGCGAGCAGGGCUGGUUAUCUACAGCGAUAGCCGGCGUGUUUCAACCGACGGGCGGUUGCGUGGACCAGCUAUGAGCUCAACAGCAGCGGCGGGUGGCUUCGUCCUCUUCGCGCUCUCUGCGUCAGUGGUACGGGGUCAGGCUGACUGGGGAGUGACUUACGCUUCUACUAAGAUCUGCGCCUUAAAAGGAUCAACGGUGGAGAUUCACUGCACCUACAGGUUCCCAUCCGGAAUAAACUCUGUUUCAACCGAAGUUGAGGAAACAUUCUGGUUUACUAAACUGCAGGAUAAAGAACCCGUGGAUCUGAGAACGGACUCAGAGCAUGCGGGUCGUCUGGCGUAUCACUGUGGCAAGAACAACUGCACUCUGAGAAUCGCCGACCUGAGAGAGAGCGACUCCGCUGUGUACAGGUUCAGGUUCAUAACGAACCAGCCAGGUUGGAGUUUUACUGGUUCACCCGGAGUCACCUUGUCUGUCACAGGUCUCGAUGUGCAGACGAGUUACUCAGAACGGUGCAUAAUUGAAAAGUGUAGAUGGUAUUUUCUGAGGUGCCACAGCAGUUGUCCUGUCGCUGAUCCUCGUUCCUACAUCUGGUACAAAAAUGGAGAGCUAUUUAAGGAACAAGGAGAUUACGAAGGAUACUUUUAUCAAGGCAGCAGCAUUUCCUGUGCUGUAAAAGGACACGAGGCCUUCCACUCUCCUUCGUUGUGCGUCCACAGCAGGUGCAGUCAAUUGACUUACGCUGACAGGAGCAUCUGUGCCUUCAGGGGCUCAUCCGUGGACAUUUCUUGCACGUACAACAGUAGUGAACACAUCACAUCCAAAUUCUGGUUCAAGUCUGAACCCGAUGAUACGCGGUGGCCUCGCGUGCAGCCCGUGGACCUUAGCGAAGACUCCCGGUAUGCGGGCCGCGUUCAAGUCUUUGAGACCGAGGGAGGACGCUCCAGUCUGAGAAUCAGUGACCUGAGGGAGACCGAUUCGGCCGAGUACCGCUUCAAGUUCAGAACACGAGGCUUUGAAUGGAGGAGUAGUUUACCUGGCACCACUCUGACUGUCACAGACCCAGAUUUACAGGUGCAGGUGAUCCGGUCUUCUGCUGGUCCAAAGCUGAUUUGUCACAGCAGCUGUUUCCUUCCUGGCCGCUCUUCCUUUGUCUGGUACAAGAACGGAGGGAAAAUCCAGGGAGAAAGAUCUGCAUCUUUUAGAGGAUACGUUGAGCCUGCAGGCAGUUAUUCCUGUGCUUAUGAGGAUUACCGCUCCCUUCCAGUGUAUGCUCCGAAGGUUCCCUCGGUUUUGAUGAGUCGCCCCGGCGACAUUAUGAAGGACAGCCCAGUGUCUCUGAACUGUAGCAGUGACGCUAACCCCGCAGCUCAUUACACCUGGUACAAGGGGAACCAAACACUGCUCAGGAGGGAGGCUCGGCUCGUCUUCGGGUCCAUCCAGUCCUCCGACUCCGGAGCUUAUUACUGCACGGCUGAGAACGAGCUGGGGAGGGAGACAUCUCACUGUGUCUCGAUUAAUGUGAAGUAUGGUCCACAGACGCCCGCUGUGUCAGUCAGUCCCUCCGGUGAGAUAGUGGAGGGCAGCUCCGUGAAUCUGACCUGUAGCAGUGACGCUAACCCCGCAGCUAAUUACACCUGGUACAAGGGGAACCAAACACUGCUCCAGGGACCGGAAGGCUUUUAUCAUUUCACUUCCAUCAGCUCCGAGGACAGAGGGUUUUACCGCUGCAAGGCUGAGAAUCGGUUUGGACGGAUCAACUCUACGUCUCUAUUCUUGGACGUCCAGUAUGCUCCAAAGCUCGUCUCUGUGUCAGCGAGUCCCUCCGGUGAGAUAAUGGAGGGCAGCUCCGUGAAUCUGACCUGUAGCAGUGACGCUAACCCCGCAGCUAAUUACACCUGGUACAUGGGGAACGAAGGCUCACCGCAAGCUUCGGGACAGAUCUUCGCCAUCACCGACUACAGACGCGAACUCAUUGGGAGUUAUUACUGCGAAGCCCGGAACAAGAGGGGACGUCGUAACAACACCCUACAUCUGACUGUUGUAGCAGGCGCGUGGAAACCAGCAGGUACCGGAACAAUCUCAGCCUUUCUGCUGGCUAUCGCAGUCCUCGCCGCCUUCCUAUGGAUCAGAAGAAACGAUUCCUUCACACGGCGGUGCACACAGCGGUGGAGGCGUGGAGAGAGACCCGACAACGGAGCACAGCUGGACGUGGGCCCGGCGCCUCACACCCCGUCAGCUGCAGCGCACAGAAAUCCAGCAGAGCAGGAGCCGGAGCUUCACUACUCAAGCAUCUGCUUCUCGCAGAACCAGGCAGAUGCCGUCUACCACAGUGUCAGGCCCUUUGAUUCCGGGAGAGAGGACGGGGUCGUGUACGCCGCCGUCCGAUGUGACGAUGCCAGCGGGGCGCCAGGAACAAGACGUCAAGAAGACGGAGGGGAUUUAUUUGCUCUGUACAGCACAGUCAACAAAAACCAUGAGAACACAACGUGAAUCCUCGGUCUGUUGUUUACACAUUGAUCUUUACAGCAUUAAGAGAACCAGAAGAAAUAGAAACAUGAAACAGAAGUGGUUUACGUAGGGUGUGUAAAGAGGAGUUUUGAUUUUACCGCUGGAGUUUUUCCUUUGUUUUUGUCAUUUGGGUGAAAAAAAAAAAGAUGUACUUGAAACGUUACUUCAGUUGAAGCACAGGACAACAAAGUUUGUGAGAUAGAAGCGAAGUCUGAAUCUCGAGUGAUUCGUGAACAUGGACACGAAUUUUCCCUUUUUUUUUUUUUUCCCCCUGAAACUCAGCACGACUUUCAAACUAAUGUGUAUUUCAACCCAGAGUCACGGCAGUUUCUGAAGUUACGCCCACCAUCCAGCCCAGCCCCCUGAUAAAGUAGUGCUGAGUGUCACGUAAAAAAAAAAGGAAAGAAAAACCUGUGCCCGUGUACGCGAAGCAAUAGUUUAUAUUUGGUGACUAUUUGGUACAAACUGCUGUGAGAGGGGGUUGCAUAGGAGGAAAAACUCGGACUUACUGCCAUAUAAAUAUAACAGCCCGCUACUGUGCAUAAUUUAUGUGUGGGAAUAAUUAUUUAAAAAAUACGAUUCAAAAAAAGUCAACAUUUGCGUUGCGCGAGUGCUUUAAUGGGGCGCAAGGCGUCACGUGCUGUAUUGGGUGGAAAAGGGGCAUGUCAUGGCCUGAGAUAUGGCGCCGUACCUAAAAUGUUGCUCCCAG